AUGAAAACUGUCAUACAGCAGACUGGCGAUACUCAUCUGACUCCCUCCCUUCCUGUCAUCAGAGCCGGGUGGUUCAACCCAUCCCUCGUGUACGAUAACUUCGGCAGCAUCCUUUCUGCUCUCAACGUCGUCAGCCUACUCCUCUGCCUCUUCCUCUACGCCAAGGGUCACCUUGCUCCGUCGUCCUCUGACUGGGGGUCUUCUGGAAACUUCAUCCAAGACUUUUUCUGGGGCAUGGAGCUGUACCCACGCAUCGGCAAGUACUUCGACAUCAAGACCUUCACCAACUGCCGCUUUGGCAUGAUGUCAUGGGCGCUGCUGGCCGUGACCUACGCCAUCAAACAGCUGGAGGCGAGCGGGCGCGUGGCAGACUCCAUGGUUGUGAGCGUGGCGCUCAUGCUUGUGUACAUCUCCAAGUUCUUCUACUGGGAGUCGGGGUACUGGAGCACCAUGGACAUCCAGCACGACCGCGCCGGCUACUACCUCUGCUGGGGAUGCAUGGUGUGGGUGCCCUGCAUCUACACCUCGCCCGCCCUCUACCUCGUCAACCACCCCCUGCACCUCGGCACUCCUGUCGCUCUGGCUAUGUUUCUGUGCGGCUGUGCGUGCAUUGCAAUCAACUACGACUCGGACCGCCAACGACAGUACUUCCGGUCCACACACGGCCGCUGCACCAUCUGGGGCCGCCCUCCUGCCAAGAUUGAAGCAGAGUACGUGACAGAGAAGGGCGAGAACAAGAAGAGCCUGCUGCUUGCUUCAGGAUG